GUUUCAAUAAUACAGACUCAGUCAAAAUCAAUGAACACAAUAGAUGCUAAUACUAUUGUCAAGUGGAUUUUCAUUUAAACCUAGUGUUCAAGAUUAAUCUAAUAUAUUUACAGGAAUUUAAUCCAUUUUGGAACAGCAUUGUGGUGAAUGCUUCUGACAUUAUAUGGUUAGCAACCAGCUCAUAUCAGGCAGCUAGAAGAUUGUGUACUAGAAUAAUAUUCAGAAUGUCAUUCAGUACUACUUUCCGCUCAAUGCUGUCACAGGACAUUCGACACACCCACUAUGGCACACCACUGAACAUGACCUACAGAGAAUCCUCUGACUUCCCGACUCUUGAUGAGCUAAGACGUGACAGAGAUGACAAAUAUUUGAAGAAAACAAUCCUACUGAGCAGGACAUCAUCAUAUUAUGGGAGACCUAUAGAACCAGCACCUGCCUUUAGAGUAGUCUCAAGAUAUGAACUGGAAGCAAUUAUCAAAAGAGUUACAAAACCUCAAAAUCGUGAAGUAAAAAGUAAGGAAGAUGACACCACAAGUGCUCCUACAAGUCCCCGUCCAAUGACAAGUGAAGACAAUGCAAAAAUGCUGACAAGGCUCUCAACUCCAACACAUAUGAGUAAUCUACGAAGCAAUCAUAGAAAUGCAAGUGGACUCAUCCAAAUGAACAAAACUGUAAUGUCUAAAUUGACAGAGGUUUCAAAUUAGUGGAAGGAAAUUUUACAUUUAAGCCAAAUGAAUGACGAGUGGGGUUAAAUAGUAAGAUGAUGUAUAUGUAACCAUUCAUAACACAUGAAAUUAUGAACCACAUACUUGUAUGUAGAUAGGUACAAUCAAACAGAGACCUAUCCCUCCAUUACCCAUACUUGUAUAAUCAACUUCUUUUUUUGAAUACGGAGUUGAUUGUUUUUUAUGGACAAGACAAAAUCCAUGAAAAUAGAUACAGCACACAAUGAUGUGAAAGGAGCUUCCCUUACAAGCCAAGUAACACUAAUUGAAUGAAAAUGUGUAGAGACAUGUCUUUGGAAAGCAGGUCCCAAACAUGUAUAUCUCGACACAUACGUUUAGUAGGUUUUGUGUAAGGGAUAAGAAACAAACAAUUUGUUUAUUGUAUUCAGUAAUAAUGUGCCAAAUAAUGAAAAUUCUUGCCCUUAUAUGUAUAUAUAGAUCUUUUGAACGAAAACUUCAAAUAUGUUAUAAUCUGAACAAUGGAAAUAAGUACAGUAAAACCUGUAUAUCUGACCACCUCU